UUCAUUAUUAUGAAGGGGCCCAAUCUCAAAUGUUGGUCGCAUCACCUUUUAGACUAUAGCCAGGCGUCAACGUAGUAACGCAAAACCACCCAGAAGGCAGAAACUACCCUACUCACGGCAGCACCAGAUCCCAACUCUUCAAUCGAAAUCAGUUUGAAGUUCCUUCUCCUCGUUCAGUCUCUCUGACAAGAGCAGAGCCAAGCCAGAGAGAAAAAAGAUAGAGAGGAAGAAAACAAACAGUAUUCAGGGGUUUGAAUUUGUGUGGAAUUUGAAGUAUUUUUUGAGCAUCAAUGGAACGUGCUGAACUAACCACUGAACAGUGAUUCCAUUUUGAGCGUUUUGUUUUCUUUUAAAGGUUCUGAAGAGGGACAUCCCAUGGGAAACAUACAUGACAACUAAGCUGAUUUCAGGAACAGGCCUUCAGCUCUUAAGGCGUUAUGAUAAUAAAGCUGAAAGUCUCAGGGCACAGUUGUUGGAUGAUGAUGGACCAGCCUAUGUUCGAGUGUUUGUUAGCAUAUUACGUGAUAUAUUUAAGGAAGAAACAGUGGAAUAUGUCCUGGCUUUAAUUGAUGAAAUGCUUGCAGCCAAUCCGAAACGAGCCAGAUUAUUUCAUGACAAGUCUCUUGCAAAUGAAGAUACUUAUGAACCUUUCCUAAGAUUGCUCUGGAAAGGUAACUGGUUCAUUCAAGAAAAGAGCUGCAAGAUGCUUGCCUUGAUAGUAAGUGCCAGGCCAAAAACCCAGGAUAGCGUUGUUGCAAAUGGGGAAGCCUCAAAUUCAAAGAAGAAGUUUGCUACCAUUGAUGAUGUACUACAAGGAUUGGUUCAAUGGCUUUGCACACAGCUGAAGAAGCCUUCCCAUCCUAGUCAUGGUAUUCCAACUGCUAUUAACUGCCUUGCGGCAUUACUGAAGGAACCUGUUGUCAGAUCUUCCUUUGUUCUAGCAGAUGGGGUGAAGUUGUUGAUUCCUUUAAUUUCUCCAGCAUCCACCCAGCAAUCUAUCCAGCUUCUUUAUGAAACAUGUCUCUGUGUGUGGCUUUUAUCUUAUUAUGAGCCUGCAAUUGAGUUUUUGGCAACAUCUAGGGCUCUACCACAACUGGUUGAUGUUGUUAGGAGUUCCACAAAGGAGAAGGUUGUCAGGGUUGUUGUAUUGACCUUUCGGAACUUGUUGUCCAAAGGCACAUUUGGUGCUCAGAUGGUUGACCUUGGACUGCCACAAAUUGUUCAGAGUUUGAAAGCACAAGCAUGGAGUGAUGAGGAUCUGUUGGAGGCUCUCAAUCAACUUGAAGAUGGGCUGAAGGAUAAUAUUAAGAAAUUGAGUUCCUUCGAUAAGUAUAAGCAGGAAGUUCUCCUUGGUCAUCUUGAUUGGUCACCCAUGCAUAAAGAUCCAUUGUUUUGGCGUGAUAAUAUUACAUGCUUUGAAGAGAAUGAUUUCCAGAUUCUAAGGGUCCUAAUUACAAUUAUGGACUCAUCGAACGAUCCUAGAGCUCUGGCUGUUGCGUGCUUUGAUCUCUCACAAUUUAUUCAGCACCAUCCGGCUGGGAGGGUGAUAGUGACUGACCUCAAGGCCAAAGAACGGGUGAUGAAAUUGAUGAACAACGAGAGCGCGGAGGUUACCAAGAACGCCUUACUCUGUGUCCAGAGGCUUUUCUUGGGUGCCAAAUAUGCUAGCUUUUUGCAGGCCUAGUUCCGCUUAAUGAUGCAAGGUCAUGUCUCAUUCUACACCAUGGAAGUAAUACAGCCAAGUGGAUAGUAAGUAAAUUCGGCUCCUUAGGUGUUUUAUUUUCAUUUGAGUAAAUUCAUCAGUUGAUCUUCUAUCAGAUGUUUGAUUCAGGAAUUAAUUUACUUUUUGUCAAAAACUUCAAAAUUAUUAUUAAUUUUUUUUAAAUUUUGAGUUG